AUGGCGCCCCGGACCAUCUCGCUGAUUCUUCUCCUCACUGCUGUUGGUCAUGUCUGUGGUCGUGUCCCCAAGCCUCCAGGAAUCCCGAUGGUGGACGUUGAAUCGGAUUUUGGAUCAUCCCGUCGUACUCUGAACGCAAGGGCCUUGCCACCUUAUAACACAACCUACUACUUUGAUCAGCUCAUUGACCACAACGAUCCGUCGAAGGGAACGUUCCAGCAACGCUACUGGCACACGGCGGAACACUACCAAGAAGGUGGCCCUAUCAUUUUCAUGAAUGCGGGAGAGGUCAACGCAGCUCCUUACUACGGUUAUGUUACGAACAGUACCAUCAACGGCGUCAUCGCACAGAAGUACGGAGGCGCCGCAAUUGUUCUCGAACAUCGCUUCUUUGGCGAGAGUAAUCCUUACCCGAACCUCAAUGUAGACAGCUUUCAGUAUCAUACGAUAGCUCAGUCUAUCGAGGACAACGUCUAUUUCGCCAGGAACGUUGUUCUUCCGCAGGAUAACGGAGGUAGUGUCGGCCCGGACAAGGCACCGUGGAUAAUCAUUGGAGGAAGCUACCCAGGCGCGCUAGUCAGCUGGACUAUGGCCGCACAUCCAGAUGUAUUUUGGAUAGGAUAUUCCUCAUCGGGUGUCGUUCAAGUUCAGAUGUACGUCUCCAAGUUUCUCUUCGCUCAACCGCCGACCGACCCACACACCAUCAGCGAUUUCUGGCAAUACUACGAGCCCAUCAGGGAGAACAUGCCCAAGAACUGUUCCGCUGACGUCGAAGCCGUUAUCGCCCAUGUAGACGAGGUUUUCUUCGGAUCUAACACUACGGCACAACGGGAGCUUCAGGAACUGUUCGGCUUUUCGACGGAUUUGGAGGUCGCCCAGGCCCUUAAGAUGGGAUUUGUGGGCAUGGCAGGAUAUGCAGCCCAAUACUGGCAGCUGGAAGUCAGGGGUAACGUUACCGCUUCCGAAAAUGGCUGGGGGCUGGAUAAUGCGCUCAAGGCAUGGGGGACGCAUUUCACUGCGUCGAGUUCGUCUGAGAAAACUGGUAUUCCUCUUAGCCGAGAGAUCCCCCGUCCUCGAGAAUUAAAUGCCAGGGAUGACUAUCCGGUUGACGACGCGUACCGUUCAUGGUUCUGGAUGAUAUGCAAUGAAAUCGGAUUCUCACUGGACGGCCCGCCUAUCGGACAAGGGGAAAUAGUUUCUCGCUUAAACCGCGAUUGCGUGACCACAUAUCCCGAAGCGUUCUCAGAGUACCCCAUUCCAAACGUGAGCAGGACAAACACGCUUUACGGUGGAUGGAGCGUCAACAAUACUCGGUUAUUCUUUGCGAAUGGUAAACGGGACACAUGGCGCGAAGCUACGGUUUCAGCGGUUAAUAGCACUGCCGUGAGUACAGAGACCCAGCCCAUCAGGAUAUCGAAUGGCUUUCACGCCUCGGACUUGGUGAUGCGGCUGGCGGCGCCUGAUCCCACGAUUGUCGCGGUGCAGGACGCGUUUAUCGCGUACGUGGAAUCGUGGUUGAAGGAUUUCGUUCCGUCGUAG